AUGGCGAACGGAGACCAGUUUAUAGCGAGGCUGCCAGCUCCGUUGGACAAGGAUGUCGACUUCACGAAGUACUUCUGCACCUACGCGUUCCUCCAUAACCAGAAGGUUGUGCUCUCCGACAGCGUUCGCAUGAAGGCCUACUACUACGCCGUGUUCGAGAACCCCAAUCACUUCCGCGAUAAGGUUGUUUUGGAUGUUGGUACUGGAAGUGGAAUUCUUGCAAUAUGGUGUGCUCAAGCCGGAGCGAAGAAGGUGUAUGCUAUUGAAGCUAUGAAGAUGUCGGAACGUGUUCGUGACGUUGUUAAAGCUAACAACGUUGACGAUGUAGUUGAGGUGAUUGAGGGGUCGAUGGAGGAUGUUCUUUUGCCAGAGAAAGUUGAUGUUAUAAUAUCAGAAUGGAUGGGAUACUUUCUUCUUUAUGAGUCAAUGUUUGACUCUGUUAUUUUUGCAAGAGAUCGGUGGCUUAAGCCAGAUGUAGUAAUGUAUCCUAGUCAUGCUCGCAUGUGGAUUGGGCCUAUAAGAUCAGGCUUAUCUAAACAGCAAUGGAAUGAGUUUGAAAAUGCAAUGAGUCACUGGCAUGACUUUGCCAACGAGAUGAAAAGCCAGUAUGGUGUUGAUAUGAAUGUUCUAUUAAAGCCUUACCGGGAAGAAAAUGAGAGAUACCAUCUAAAGAAGUCAUUGUGGAGCAACAUUGUUCCCAGCCAAGUCAUUGGGACUUCUGCUGUUAUCAAGGAGAUUGACUGUUUGACAGCCACUUUAGAUGAAAUUCGUGAGCAUCAUGUAAAGUUUUCAUUAAGAAUCAACCUAGACAGGACGAGACUCUCUGAAUUUGCUGGGUGGUUUGAUGUUCAUUUUCGGGGUAGCACUCAGAACCCAGCAAAAAAUGAAGUUGAGUUAACUACUACUCCUAGUGAAGACAAUCGGACACAUUGGGCCAACAGGUUGGUUACUUUCUUGAAUUUGAAUUCCUUUGAUAGUAUGAUGCUCCUAGACUGGAUUAUGGAAGUUAAUGUCUUCACUAAAAUUUUGUGCAAUCCAUAUGAGCCUGUUUGUCCAUUUUCUCUUUGCUAG